GUGUGCGUUGCAGGCGGCCAGCCAUCCGUAUGACAUGCCACAGGUAUAAGACAGUGCCAGUGAUUAAGACCACACCGACACUGCUGGUGAAUUGGACUAGGUAUCCCGUGACUGCACAGUACACCUCACUCCCUACAUGUAUCUGUAGGCAACAGAGGGUUUCAACAUGUAGGCAAGAGUAGGAGGAGGCUCUACCUGUAGUGUCAUAGCUAGCAGGUUGACGGCAGUGGCCAGUGUCAGAGCCAGCACCAGUCUCUGGAGUGGGGUCCUGAAAGACUGGUGGACUGUGAUGUAGAUGACAGCUGCUGUUGUCAGUGAGCUCCCAGCGGCUGCCGUGAGACCUCUGGCUACCACCAGAGAGUCCUCAUGCUCUAUGGCAGUCCUGUUGGUACACAUGUAUUCAUCCAUUGCUCUCUCUCUCUCUCCUGCUUUGACUACUCAACUAUUUUCUAUUUGAAGAGCACUGUUAUUAAAGUCAUGUGCCCAUUUUUGGGAAAGGAUUACUCACUACAAUUGUUGUGUACUUAACUGUGUGCAGUGCCGAGACUGGCAGUGUGUGUGUCAUGUGAGUGUCACAUGACUGCAGGAGACGGAGGAGGUCCUAGCAGACACCCUGAAUGUGGAAGUGUUCAAACAGACGGUUGCUGGGAAUGUUCUCGUCGGGACCUACUGCUGUUUCUCCAAUAGAGGAGGCCUGGUCCACCCGAAGACAAAGAUAGAGGAUCAGGACGAGCUGUCUUCACUGCUACAAGUCCCUCUAGUGGCAGGUACAGUCAACAGAGGCAGUGACGUGCUGUCGGCAGGCAUGGUGGUGAACGACUGGUGUGCGUUCUGCGGUCUGGACACGACCAGUACGGAGCUCUCUGUCAUUGAGAGUGUCUUCAGACUCACAGACCAGCAGCCACAGGCCGUCUCCACCACUCUCAAACCUUCUCUUGUGGAUAGCAUUGGCUGAAUACACUAUCUAGAGAAAUCUUC